AUGGCCGCCGAGAAGCCCGACCGCAAGGAGAAGAAGGACAAGAAGCGCUCCGUGUCCGACGGCGCCAUCAAGAAGGACAAGAAGGAUAAGAAGGACAAGAAGGAGAAGAAGGAGAAGCUCGAGCGCGCCCUCGACGAGCACCUCCAGGCUGACGUCGCCGCGACCACCGUCGCCAGCGGCGAUGUCACCACCGUCGUCGCCGAUGGCCUCCCCGUCGUCGGCGCCCUCGUGCCCUUUGCCGUGCCGUUGGCCGAUGAGAAGGCCAUGAAGAAGGUCAUGAAGUCCAUUCGCAAGGCCGCCAAGAACAACACCCUCAAGCGCGGCGUCAAGGAAGUCGUCAAGACCCUCCGCAAGUCCCCCGCCGCCGGCCCCGGCAACACCGCCUUCCCCGGCGUCGUCGUCAUCGCCGGCGACAUCUCCCCCAUGGACGUCAUCUCCCACCUCCCCGUCCUCUGCGAGGACCACAACGUCCCCUACAUCUUCGUCACCUCCCGCGCCGAGCUCGGCGCCGCCGCCAAGACGAAGCGCCCUACCUCCGUCGUCAUGGUCUCGGAGAAGCGCUCCGCCGCCGACAGCAAGAAGGCCGAGAAGAAGGCCGGCGAGUCCAAGGGCGACGACGAGGAGGACGACGGCGAGGACUACUCCGAGGUCUACGCCGCGCUCGUCAAGCUCGUGCAGAAGGAGACUGCUAAGCAGUCCUUCUGGGCAUAG